AUGCGAAGCAAAGUAACUGUCGUCGGCGCCGGCAAUGUUGGCGCCACGACCGCCCAGCGGAUCCACCAGCUCGGCUACGCCGACGUGGUUCUCGUUGACGUGGUAGAAGACCUUCCCCAGGGCAAGAGCCUCGAUAUGCUCGAAUCCGGUCCGGUCACCGGUACCGACGCCCUGAUCACCGGCUCCAACGGAUACGAGGAGAGCGCCGGCUCCGACGUCGUGGUAAUCACCGCCGGCAUCGCCCGCCGGCCCGGUAUGAGCCGCGACGACCUGCUGCUCACCAACAUGCGCAUCACCUCCGCCGUGACCGAGGAGGUGGUCAAGCACUCGCCCGACUGCAUCAUCCUGGCGGUCACCAACCCCUUGGACGCCAUGGUGCAGAACAUUUUCCAGAGCUCCGGCUUCCCGCGCAACCGCGUGUUCGGCAUGGCCGGCGUUUUGGAUACCGCCCGCUAUCGCACGUUCAUUGCCCGCGAGCUCAACGUCUCCGUGGACGAUGUCCAGGCCAUGGUGCUGGGAGGACACGGCGACGACAUGGUCCCGCUGGUGCGCUACACCACCGUCGGCUGCAUCCCGCUCACCGAACUGCUGUCGCAGGAUCGCAUCGACUCUAUUGUGCAGCGCACCCGGGACGGCGGCGGCGAGAUCGUCGCCCUCCUCAAGCAGGGUUCGGCCUUCUACGCCCCCUCGGCGGCCAUCACCCAGAUGGUCCAAGCCAUCCUGCUGGACCGCAAGCGCAUCCUGCCCGGCUGUGCCUACCUCGAAGGUGAGUACGGCAUCGACGGGCUGUGCGUCGGCGUUCCCGUCAAGAUCGGCGGCGGCGGAAUGGAGCAGGUAAUCGAGAUCAGCCUGACUGACGAAGAGCACGCCGCGCUCAGAUCAUCUGCCGCAUCCGUUCAGGAGUUGGUGGAUGUGAUGGCCAGCGCGAAGGCCGAGGCUGGGUAA